AUGACAGAGAUAACUAAUAAAAAUAGUGGUGUGUCCCAAUCAAAAAAACGAAAACACUCGACCAUAGAUGUAGAACUUGAAGAUCUUGAUGAUGAAAAAUCAGAACUACAGAAAAUUUUGAAAGAUUUGUUUUAUGACGGAGGUGUUUCUGAAGAAGACAUAUUGAAGAUUGUGUUCAAAAGUAAACUCACGAAAAGAUUUAAAAUUGAUUUGGAAGAAACUAUUUCGAAUUUAGCUGUUUUUAUCAGUAGAGUUAACGGUAUUGUUAGAUCGAAACAAAUAACCAAAGAUAAUGCUCAGAAACAACUACUUUCUGAAU